UGAUAAAAUUGACAGCUUUUAAAUGUUGUUGUUGCUUCUUCUGAUUGUGCUUAUUUGAAAUCAUGGAGAGUUGUUUUUCAUUACUCCCUGACGAGGAUUUAAAAAAAAAUUUGCAUCAUAUUAUGAUCAACAUCUGGUACAAACACGCAACAACUUAAUAAUCUGGUUUGACUUUGACUAUGCUUUGAAGUACACAACCAGUCGUGUGUUAAAUUAACUUUAAAUUUUUAAUUUCAAUUAUUAAAGUACAAUUGAAUUGAGUUAAAUUAAAAGAAGUUUCUCUUUCUGAAAAUUACCCUUCAAAAUUAAAAAGAAUUAUGAAGUAAGAUAUAAAAUAUUCCAUCAGAGUGAAUGCGAUCAAACUGACAAGAUGUGAUUAUGUACGGUUACAUCAAGCUUUUUUGCUAACACUAAUCCAGAUGCAUGAACAGAAGCCUGCUAAGCAUAGUAAGAGGAGUAUGGAGAAAUACGAAAAGAUUGCAAAAAUCGGUGAAGGUUCCUAUGGCGUUGUCUUUAAAUGUAGAAAUCGUGAAAACGGGAGUGUCGUUGCUAUUAAGAAAUUUGUUGAAAGCGAAGAUGACCCCUUGAUUCGAAAAAUUGCAAUGAGAGAAAUUAGAAUGUUAAAGCAAUUGAAACAUGCCAACCUAGUGAAUUUACUAGAGGUUUUUCGAAGAAAGCGCAAGUUACAUUUGGUGUUUGAAUACUGUGACCACACAGUACUAAAUGAAUUGGAAGCACAUCCAAAUGGAGUAUCUGAACAGACCAUCAAGAAAAUUAUAUUUCAAGUUUUAAGAGCUGUAGAUUUUUGUCAUCAUCAUAACUGUAUCCAUAGAGACGUGAAACCAGAGAAUAUACUCGUCACGAAAGAGGGUGUGGUAAAACUGUGUGAUUUUGGUUUUGCUAGACUACUUACGGGGGCUGGUGACGAGUACACUGAUUACGUAGCGACGAGAUGGUAUAGAGCACCCGAAUUAUUGGUGGGUGAUACACAAUAUGGCCCACCUGUGGAUGUGUGGGCGAUUGGUUGUGUAUUCGCGGAGUUACUCUCUGGUCAGGCUUUGUGGCCUGGUAGGUCAGAUGUUGACCAGUUGUAUCUGAUCAAAAAAUCAUUAGGCGAUCUUAUCCCUCGUCAUGUCGAUAUAUUUAGAAGCAAUCAAUUUUUUAGAGGAAUUAACAUACCUGAAUGCAUAAAGCUGGAACCUUUGGACUAUUUAUUUUCAACGAGUUCAGAUAAAGCGUUAAAAUUUAUGAAGGCUUGCCUUGUUAUGGAACCUUCAGAUCGAUUAUCUUGUUCAGAAUUAAUAAAUCAUGAAUAUUUUGACGACUUUCGAGAACAUUUCGAAUCCGAAAUGCAGAGUCUGCUAAGUUCUCAUAAACCACAAAAGCACAAAAGGACUGGGUACAAGACUCGUGAAACCAGGGCUAAUAAAGCAACUGGUCAUGGUGAAGGAGCUAGUGUAAGCCACCUACCACAACUAGGGCCGAGUUAUGACUAUUCGCAUUCGUCGCUAGGUUUUGAAAAAGAUUACCGGAAAGAACGUCGCAAAUACGAUAGCCACCUCCCAUCCAUUCCUUUCCGUUAGCUGGAGAAGUACUCGUCGAUGGUCGAGUCUGUAAUGUAAAUAUAUUGUUACAACGCACAUUGUGCUGAGAAAAACUAUUUAGGUGCAACAGAAGGGAGAUGGAAUAUUUAUAUUGGAAGCUGUAAGCUUUUGUUUUAUCGUGUAAAUUAUAUUUGAAAGAUUUUUUUGUGGCCUACAAAGAAGGUUGGCUUCUCCCGCCUACUUGCUUUCUUUGAGUCAACUUACUUUUUCAUUUUUUGUAAAUAUGUACAGCGUUAUUGUUUUCGUAUUAUUAUGUGUGGAAUUUAUUUAUUCAUUUCCUUAAAAUGCUAUCUUCCCAUUGUACGUACGUUUCUUUUUUAAUGUAAUGAUUGGAUUGCUAGUGUGGGAACAUCUGGAUUAGCGUUUUUGACAUCUGAAAGAUUUAAAACGCCCCAGAUAUGUAAAAAAAAGAGAAUUUUAAAAAUAAUAAAAAAAUAUUGUUACAACAGAAAUAAUAACAUGUGUCAUGUUUUCUGAGUAAUGACAUUUAUAAAUUAUUAUCAAAAUCUGAAUGAUUUCAGACUUUUCUAAGAAAAUCUAAAUUUUGGAAAAAGGUUGGAUGCACUUGUUAAUUUUUACUGAGUCUUAGCCUUCUUUGUGUAAGUUUUUGAUCAGACCACGUCUCGAUUAUACCCAAAAUUAUAUGGGUAAAAUAAAUUAUCAAAAAUAUCUGUUCUUAUAAAAAAAUCCGUGUGUGAUAUCCUUUCAUUAGAUAUGUGUCGUAACUUUUGUCCUUGUUAAUAUUUGUAUAAAUUUAAACUAUGUAUUAUAUGUGCUAAUAUAUUCAUUUUUAAACUUUUUUUAAUUUUUAUAUCUUCACAAAAUUUAAAUUAAUUUCAAAAGUGCGGUAGUUUCAGCCAAUGUUGUUUACCGUGAGUAUCAAGACAUUUAUGUAAUUCUUUUAUCGUCGCUUCAUUUUCAAACAAAAAUAUGUCUAGUUAGAUUGCUCCUCAUUCAUUGCAAUGCGUAACUGCAAACAGCUUUUUUAUCAGAGAAGCCCUGAAUCGGUUUAACUAAAAUUUUAUCGGGGUGUCGUUGGACGCAUAAUAUUUCUUCACUUGACAUUGUAAAUAUUCACCCACCAAAAUAAUGAUAUUGAAGAUAUUGAGAAAAAAUUUGUU